AAUAUUUUAUUUAUGAAGACAAAACUACUCAUCUUUGACUCUAUCUCUCUCUCUUUCUCUCAUAUACAAACGCCCACCACAUAAACUCUCAUAAAGCAAAGUUCAGAGAUAUUCAUAGAACGUCCAUAGACUAAAAUCCAUCUCAAACUUUCCUUUUCCAACUUUGUUUAACCAGUUUCAAGUUUAAGCUCUGAUUUUUUUUUGGCCUCUCUAGGAGAUACCAUUUCUUCCUCCUUCCUGUUCAGUUUUUUCAUCAUGGACACUGCUCAAUGGCCACAGGAGAUUUUGAUGAAACCGAUAGAAGAGGUAGUCACAAAUACAUGCCCAAAGCCAGCUCCUUUAGAUAGGAAGGCAAGACCUCAAAAAGAAGCACAGCCAUUGAAUUGUCCAAGGUGCAAUUCUACUAACACAAAGUUUUGUUACUACAACAACUACAGCCUCACACAGCCGAGGUAUUUCUGCAAGACUUGCAGAAGGUACUGGACUGAAGGUGGGUCUCUGAGAAAUAUUCCUGUUGGUGGUGGUUCAAGGAAGAACAAGAGAUCAUCAUCUUCUUCUUCAUCAAAGAAGCUUCCUGAUCUUGUUACACCACCAAGAUUGUCACAGUCUUCUACUCAAAACCCUAAGAUCAUUGAAGGACAAGAUCUCAACUUAGCUUUCAGUGGUUUUAGAAGUAUCUCUGAGUUGGUUCAAGUUCCAACAGACAGCAACAACAACAACAAGAACCAAAUUCCUUCUUCUUCUUCAUCAACUACUACACCUCACCUUUCAGCUCUGGAGCUUCUCACUGGAAUCUCUUCAAGAGGGUUGAAUUCUUUCAUGCCUAUGCAGGUUCCCGCAGAUCCAAAUGCUGUUUACACACCAGGCUUCGCUAUGCAAGAAUUUAAACCAACCCUAAAUUUCUCUUUAGAUGGGCUUGGAGUAAAUGGGUUUGACAGUCUACCUGGAGUUCAACAGACCAGCACUGGAAGGCUUUUGUUUCCAUUUGAAGAUUUGAAACAAGUCUCAAGCACAACUGAUAUUGAACAGAAUAGGGAGCAUGGAGAUUCUUCAGGGUAUUGGACUGGAAUGUUAGGAGGAGGAUCAUGGUAAAAUAAAAAAUAUGAUGAAAAAUAAUUUGGGUCUUUUUAUUUUUAUUUUUAUUUUUCUUUUGGUUUAUAUAUUUAACUUAUAUUAAUUUGUUAAAGUGGGUGACUUGUAUGGAUUUCUACAUUACUACUAACAUAAAGGGUAAAUGGGUUUCUUUCUCUUUUUACACA